UAAAGGUAAAACCUAAUUCUGAUUGCACCCUAGAAUCCCCAUUUACUUCAAGUAUGUUGGGUUUUUUUCUGUUUCAGUGACGUUGAUGAUUCUGGUCGUGGAUUAAUGACUCAUCCAAUGAAAGUAGAGAUUCCAGCCCCACCAACAUCAAAAUGUAUCCAUUACUGGAAAAGGAAAGUCAAGUCAGAAUACAUGCGCCUUAGGCAGCUCAAGAGACUUCAGGCAAACAUGGGAGCCAAGGCUUUGUUUAUAUCUAACUACGCAAAGGUUCAAGAAAAGAUAAACAUUCUUAAUGAUGAUUGGAAGAAGCUUAGAGUUCAACCUAUUCAGUCAAUGAAGCUAGUUGGUGGACAUCCUUUUCUUAAACAGUGCACAGUUGAGAGUACGUUCCCCAAUUGGAAUACACAGACCUUGUUUAUGAGGACACUGAACACCGUAGCCCUGGUGCCUAUCAUGUACUCCUGGUCCCCCCUCCAGCAAAAUUUCAUGGUGGAGGAUGAAACUGUUCUGUGCAACAUCCCUUAUAUGGGAGAUGAGGUGAAAGAGGAAGAUGAAACUUUCAUCGAGGAGCUCAUUAACAACUAUGAUGGCAAAGUCCACGGAGAGGAAGAAAUGCUCUCAAGUUCUGUCCUGAUCAGUGAUGCUGUGUUCCUGGAGUUGGUAGAAGCACUGAAUCAGUACUCUGAGGAAGAAGAGGAAGGACAUGAUGGUGUUGAAGGCAAACUGGAAGUUGGGAAAGAUGAACUGCCCAUCACACGCAAAAGGAAGCGGCUUUCUAUAGAAAGCAACAAGAAAUGUUCAAAGAAGCACUUUCCAAAUGACAUGAUCUUUACUGCUCUGUCAUCCAUGUUCCCUGAGAAUGGCUUUCCAGAGGAUAUGAAAGAGAGAUACAGAGAACUAACAAAAGAAUCUGACCCAAGUGUGCUCCCUCCCGAAUGUACACCAAACAUUGAUGGACCAUUUGCCAAAUCUGUUCAACGUGAGCAGGCCCUGCACUCCUUCCACACCCUCUUUUGUAGGCGUUGCUUCAAAUAUGACUGUUUCCUACAUCCAUUUCAUGCUACCCCCAAUGUUUACAAGCGGAAAAACAGAGAGACUAAGAUUGAAAUGGAACCUUGUGGGCCAGACUGCUUUUUGUGGUUGGAAGGAGCCAAGGAAUUUGCUAUAUUACACAACCCACGAUCAAAGUGCUCCGGACGGCGUCGACGCAAACACCCCACACUCAAUACCCCCUCCUCUUCCAACACUUCAGCUUCCACAAGCAGUGAAGCAAAGGAAGGUGACAGCGACAGAGAUACAGGCAAUGACUGGGCCUCCAGUUCUUCUGAGGCAAACUCACGUUGUCAGACUCCAACCAAGCCAAAAUUGAGCCCUGCCUCUUCACAGCCCUUUAUGUCUGAUAUGCCGGUGGAGCCUGUUGAGUGGACAGGGGCUGAAGAGUCCCUUUUCCGUGUCUUCCAUGGGACUUACUUCAACAACUUCUGCUCAAUUGCUCGGCUUUUGGGAACCAAGACAUGCAAGCAGGUCUUCCAGUUUGCAGUUAAGGAGGCCUUGAUAACAAAGCUGCCAGCUAACGAGCUCUUGAAUCCCUCUCAAAAAAAGAAGAGGAAGCACAGGCUCUGGGCUGCUCACUGUAGGAAGAUACAGCUUAAAAAAGACAAUUCAUCCACUCAAGUGUACAACUACCAGCCCUGUGACCACCCAGACCACCCUUGUGACAGCUCCUGUCCUUGCAUCAUGACCCAGAAUUUCUGUGAGAAGUUCUGCCAGUGCAAUCCUGACUGCCAAAACCGAUUUCCUGGCUGUCGGUGUAAAACUCAGUGCAACACCAAGCAAUGUCCAUGCUACCUGGCUGUGCGUGAAUGUGACCCAGAUCUCUGCCUGACAUGUGGAGCCUCAGAACACUGGGAUUCCAAAGUGGUCUCAUGCAAAAAUUGCAGCAUCCAACGAGGCCUCAAGAAGCACCUCUUGUUGGCCCCAUCAGAUGUUGCAGGUUGGGGAACCUUCAUCAAGGAGGCUGUGCAGAAGAAUGAAUUUAUCUCUGAGUACUGUGGUGAGCUCAUCUCUCAAGAUGAGGCCGACCGACGUGGGAAGGUCUAUGACAAGUAUAUGUCCAGCUUCCUCUUCAACCUCAAUAAUGAUUUCGUUGUUGACGCUACUCGCAAAGGCAAUAAAAUCCGUUUCGCAAACCACUCUGUCAAUCCCAACUGUUACGCUAAAGUGGUGAUGGUGAAUGGAGACCACCGUAUUGGGAUUUUUGCCAAGAGAGCUAUCCAAGCUGGUGAAGAGCUCUUUUUUGAUUACAGGUAUAGCCAGGCAGAUGCACUCAAAUAUGUUGGCAUAGAAAGAGAGACCGACAUAGUCUGACUCAUCGCCAUGUCACAGUGCUCCGAGCCAGCAUCACCAUACCCUAUCCAUGCUGCUUUCCUCAUUGCUGUGUGUGUCGUGAGAGCUUUGUUCCACCUGGACCCCUCUUCAGAGAAGAAAAUGGAGAGGCCCACUUCUCCAGUGUUUGUAAGAUUCUUGUUCCAAGGCCUGUGAAUAAUAGCUUUGUGGGGACCAACCUCUCUUCAGAGAAGAAAAUGGAGAGGCCCACUUCUCCAGUGUUUGCAAGAUUCUCGUUCCAAGGCCUAUGAAUAAUCAGCUUUGUGGGGAAGGCUCUGGGAUUGGUUUGAGCUGGAGAGGUCUCCACGCAAGAGCAGGUAGAACCUCAACAGAAGAUAACCCCUCCAGCAGGGGAGGAUAGAUCAUAAAGUGCUAUGCAUAGGUUCUGUGGGGUAGUGAAUUUGUAGACUGAGGUAGAGGGAAUGAGCAGGAAUAGAGUUCGUAUGGGACUACUUGUGAUGAGCAAAAGGAGUGAAAGUGGGCAGUAGAGGUUCAAGGAACCUGCGAGGUGGGGUCCAAAGUUGCUACCCUUCUUGUCCUAUUGGAUCUUGUUGAUUCACCUCAUCAAUAUAUGGUAUGGUUUGGGAGAUGGACAAAUUGCUGAAGAAUUGCUGUUGUGAGAAAUUUCUUUUUCUUGCUGGUUGAGAGUUGCAGAAUCCCUUUUAUCUGGUCAUAGUAAUAUUGAUAACACUCCCAUUCCCUCUUCAACAGGGAGGCUAUUUGUCUUCUCUCUGCCUGAUUCCUGUGGGAUUUGGGGUUUUGGUUGUUAUUUAAGAUUAUUUUUUUCAUUAAAAAAAUUCCUGGAUAUUUCUGAAUUGGCCAUACUGAGGGGAGAUGGAUGAAUGGAUAUUUUCUAGAUAGAUGAAGAUUAUAAUUUGCUAAGUUCUCCCCCCUUAAAACCAAGAUUUUUCCCACCCAGCCAUAUAAAAAAUAAGCUAUUAUUAUGCACUUUAGAAUAAUUCACUCCAGCUAGGCCAGCAGCAGGGAGCUGGACUCCUUCUGAGUUGUAGGGAGUGGAAAGCUGACUCCAUCUCCAGUUCAGAGUGUGGUUUACUGUAGCAUCUGGAAACUGAAUACCUUAUAAAAUCCUACAUUAGUUGCUUAACCACAAACUAAUGAUAAGACCUGACUCAUUGCACUUUUGAAGGUAUUUACAGGUGUCAGCUGUAGACUGGAUCUUUGUGUCAAACCAAGAUAGUCUCUCUCCCUUCCUCCCUCUCUGGGAUAGAGCAUCUGCUUUUGUUAGUGUUUGAGAAUAAGAGAAUAAAAAUAGAAGUCAUGUUUUAUUUUAUUACUUUUGGUGGAAGUAGUAUGCACAGCUUCAUAGAAAGUUUAGCUGGGGCAUCUUAAUUACACAAAGAACACCAUUUGGCUUAGUUAAGGUUUUCAAAUCACUCCCAAUCAAGAUAGUUGGCCAUAGUUGUCCGAGUGUGAAACUUUUAGCUAUUUUCCCCCCUACAAAUCACUUUGUUAACUGACUGACUCCCUUCCCCUGUCCAAGCAUGCAUCUCUGGAACAUAGGAAGCAAUAUUUAACAGUGACUCUGAGCAUGUUUAGUGUGCCUUCACUACCCUGCAACUGAAACCUAUUGUUUGCCAUCUGAGAUCAGGGGAAAGGGCUUCCAGGUGUGAGUAUGCUAUUGUUGAGGAGCCAAGAGUUCCUCAUCCUUUUUAAGAUGCCAGCCACAGAAAGAACUAAAUAAAGCUCCCCCAGUCACUUUUGCUUUGCUACUAAAUAGUUGUGGUGGAACAAGCAGAAAUCUUUCCAUAUAGCAGCUCACCUACAGAAUCUAGUGGCAGUCUAGUGUGCAUAUUCAUUUUCUGUUUUUUUGCUGCUUCUAAGAUGGACAUGAGAAAAUGGUGCCAUGUUAUUGCCAGUUUCUGGUCCAGCUUCUUUAAUACAGUCCACUAAUUGAGAAUUUCUGCUUGGUCUCAGCAGAGAUCUCAACACACUUACCCUUGUUUAUUGUGACUGCCAAAAGAAGGCACUCCAGAUGCAAACCCCAAAGUCCAGUCUGCUUCGUCAGACUGGAACUGUUGGACUGAAAUAUGGAUAUUAUAAGUUAAAAAAAAUACAAAUUCAUCCUUCUCAAGAAAGUACAGCACUAUCUUAACAGAUAUGCCACUGGGCUUGUCCCCCCCCACACACAGUUUUCCACUACAGGGGUCAUAGCAACCCAAUUCUGUUGCACUUGCAGUUGACCUUUUCUUUCAGGAAAGGUCACAUAGCUUAGAGUAAGAUUCUGGGUCUUCCUUGAGGCUGUGGAGUUUGACCAGAAAGUGGCAACAGAUUGGGGUGGGCUGGUUUUCAUUCUUAGGCCAGUUGAUUGAAGUGCCAAACUGAUGAAGCCACUCUUGUCCUUUCAGCGGGUAGUCAGUGCUGAACCAGUCUGUGACCUGAAGUGAUGCAUGUCUAAUAUUUUGUCAGGGGCCAGAUCUACAGUAGUGGGUGUUCUGUCUGUCUAUAUUUGCAAAAGUACCUUGACUCAUGGAGGCAUUGUUCUUGCAACUCAUGGGUGUUUUAGACCUCACAUCCAUAGUGCAUUAUAUAUUGUAAUACAAGUCUGUAUCGCUUGACACUUUUGAGGCACAGCACUAGAGUUGGAGCAGGGUAGAGAUGCAGUCCCUUUCCAUUGCUUUUAGUGACAAAGUGUGGCACAUACUAUAGAGCUCAUGUAUGGUUUCCCUCACUUGCUCUCUGAACUUUGUGGAAUUGCUCUUACGAAAUGAAAAAGGGGCUACUCUAAGCAACAUGUAAUCUACCCUCUCCCUCUUUGAGCUGCUUGUGACUCUGUGCUUUGCUGCUGACAAAUUAUGUGCACUUUAUAUUACAGCUUGUAAAAGUUUGUCUUAAUAAAGUUGUAGUGACUGCUGAA